CCGAAUCUUUUGAAGCUCUCUCUGCUUGCAAGAAGGGAGAGAAACUAUCAAUGAGCUCAUCGAGUGCUGCUGAAAAUGGCUCUGACCUUGAUGAGGAGCCUCUGCUCAGAAAAAAUCACCGCCGGUUCGUCAUCUUCCCCAUCCAGUAUCCGGACAUAUGGAAGAUGUAUAAGCAGGCUCAGGCCUCCUUUUGGACAGCAGAAGAGGUUGAUUUGUCAAAGGACCUUCCUCACUGGAACAAGCUGAAAGCAGAUGAAAAAUACUUUAUCUCUCAUGUUCUGGCGUUUUUUGCAGCCAGUGAUGGAAUUGUAAAUGAAAACCUGGUGGCACGUUUUAGUCAGGAGGUGCAGAUCCCAGAAGCUCGUUGUUUCUAUGGCUUUCAGAUUCUCAUUGAGAAUGUUCACUCAGAGAUGUACAGCUUGCUCAUAGACACCUACAUCAAAGAUCCCAAGAAAAGGGAUUUCUUGUUUAAUGCUAUUGAAACAAUGCCUUGUGUUAAGAAGAAAGCAGACUGGGCUCUGAAGUGGAUUGAAGACCGAGAAUCCACUUUUGGUGAGAGAGUGGUUGCCUUUGCUGCAGUGGAAGGCAUCUUCUUCUCGGGUUCCUUCGCUGCUAUAUUUUGGCUGAAGAAGAGGGGCCUGAUGCCUGGAUUGACUUUCUCCAAUGAACUUAUUAGCAGAGAUGAGGGUCUACACUGUGAUUUUGCUUGUCUAAUGUUCCAUUAUUUAGUGAACAGACCAUCAGAAGAGCGAGUGUGUGAGAUCAUCAUUAAUGCUGUAGAAAUUGAGCAGGAGUUUCUAACUGAGGCAUUACCUGUGGGACUGAUUGGAAUGAAUUGCACCUUGAUGAAACAAUACAUUGAAUUUGUUGCAGACCGGUUACUAAUGGAGCUUGGGUUCUCAAAGGUCUUUAAUGCAGAAAAUCCUUUUGAUUUCAUGGAAAAUAUUUCUCUGGAAGGAAAAACAAAUUUCUUCGAGAAGCGGGUUUCAGAAUAUCAACGUUUUGCUGUUAUGGCAGAAACAAUGGACAAUGUCUUCACUCUGGAUGCAGAUUUUUGACAAAUUGGCAAAUGAAUGGUGACUGUCUCCUUCUCCUCAUCUCCCUUUAUGCUGUGAAGUUGACUUAAUUUCCUCUCGUGGAAAUCAGAGUGUACUGGGAUAUUUUUCCUGGGUUUUCUUGUUGUUUGUCAGAGGAGUAAAUAUAUUUCUCUCUGUGUCAUUUGGAAAAAAAAAAGGGGAUCAUUUGUAAAAAAAUUAUAUGGCUUUAUAAAAGGAUGGGCUCUUAAAGAUUCCCUUGACUCAUCUGCUGUCAAUGCUGUCUUUAAAAAUGACAUGGAAUGGAUGCUACUAGAAUGGAUGCUACUACUUUUUUAAGACUUUGGUAGUGUUUUAAGAAAGCAAACUGCCUAUUUACCUCAUGUUAUGGUAUUUUAAUCUGAAAACCAGCUGAGGUAUCACUCCAUGUAAAAAUGUUGCUUUAAAUUAUUUUCCUUUUCCUGUUUUCUGUUUUCAUGUUUAUAGAUUUGGUACAGAGUAAAAGCUCUUCUGUUUCAUCCUGUUGCAGAUACAGUAAAAAUUAAAUGUGGGAAAACCUUAAUGAGGUCUGAACUAUAGAAUAUUAUUAAAUCUGGGAAUUAUGUGUAAUCUCCCCAUUAACCUGGAUUCUGUCUGAAAGAAGUUUUACAUGGGUUGGAAAACUGAUGGGUCUUGGUAGGCAUUUAAUUCAAAUACAUGUGAUUCUUUUCUUACAGCUGUUACUGAACAGGUCAGUGGACUUUGAAUGGUCAUUGAAAAGGCACACCUGUUAACAGUGGAGAAAAACCACAUCCUGUGGUUCUUUGGCUUGUGCUGCCUGUUUUUCCGUGCUUCACUGAUCAAGUGCCUUAUUAAGCAAUCUGUAGUUGUAUUUGUAAUCAUCUGACACUGAAACAGCCAGCUCUGGGUGUUGUCCAUCUCCCCUUGUCGUGCUGGUGGUUUGAUAUUCUCCUCUUCUUGGUUGCACUUGUGCACUGAAGGGGUGAGAAGACAUGUCAUUCCAAGGGAUUAUUCCUUGAGGUGCUACAAACACACUACUGGGGCUGUAAGGAAGCACCCACUAAUGUAUGAAGGUACAUCAGGUUGUGGGUCUGAUGUGAAUCAUUGGAACCACUGUGACAAGAUACUGAAAGAAGAUACUAAACAUUUCAAAAACAAACCCAGUAGUAUGGAGUAGCAGCAUCUUACAAAGGACUGUUGUUUGGUUUUUGAUUGUGUGCCUGAAAACUGUAAUUUUUGGAUACCACACAGAGAGAAUGGAGUGAUUGAAGAGUGGUUAAUGUGCUGCAGUGGUACUUGGGGUGGAAGGGAUGCUAUUCAGCUGUACCUGACUUAUCUGCAAAUAAAUAGAUUCCUUUUUUCCAAGAUGAAGUGAGAAUACAAGAGCUAGACAAAGGGUUCUGCUUUUUUAAACCCAAGCAUUUUUCAUAAUAUUCAGCAUUUUGUGGAAGAGCUUUUGUAAGUCUUACUGUUGCAAAUGUCUUGAUAUACCUGGCAUGAGCCAAACUAACAGCCCAGGCCCAGCCAUAGUCCUGGGUACCUGAGUUCCAUGAAACAGGUCCACUGCCUUAGCAUAGUUCCUAGUGAACAACUGUCCCUGCUGUAAAAAUAAGUAGGAAAAUUGACUCUGGUUUUUUUUUUGUCUCUGUAAAAGAUGAGGAGUAUGUACUGAGCAUGGAAAUGGAACUUAUUUUUUUUCCUAGAGAAGAGCCUGCAUCAUUUGACGUAAGGUACUUGGAAGAGGGCAGAGUGGAACGUUCAGAAUACAGAGAAAAGUUGGAACUGGUGGCCCUCACUAACAUCCUGAAACUGCAAGAGAACUGUGGACUCAGAGGGAAAACUCAGUGCAUUUUGGAAAUACUGAGUUGAUAGGGGAGAAAGAGAAAAUACUGUAAAUGGUUCUGUUGUUGGAGUAAUGGAACCUAUUAUGUCACUGAAAGUACUAAAAUGUAUUUAUUUUGAGUCUUGUGAAUUAUGAUGAGAGUAUGGAGAGGAUUCUGAUAUGAAACUGCAAUGUGCUCAGGUUCUGUAAAUGUAUGUGAGAUACCAAAGUCUGGUACAACGGCUCCCACUCGAUUUGUGUAUAAAAUACGUGUAUCAUUUCAAUAAAAUUUGAGUGUGGGGAAGCCCAUGCCUUCAUUUACAAGUUA